UCCUAGCUAUAAAGGUAACUCCCCUAGACAGUCUGAGCACCUUCAUCUCUGGGUGCUGAGCUGUUUCCCCCGAAGGGAAGUGCAGGCUAUUGGGAGGUGGGGGGAGCACCCCUUUAAGCAAGCCCCCAAUGAGUGCUCACUUGGCGAUGCCCCUUUACCAGCCUUACCCAAGUGGGACUGGCAUGAGCUAUGGGGAGUUUUACUGGAACUCAGCGGGGGGCACCGAACGUGCAGCAUCAUGGCCAGGAAGGGGAGCAGUAGCAGCUGGUGAUGCCCAGUUUCCGGAGGAGGAAAGGCAGAAUCCAGAUCUCUCCCCUGCUUCUUCCAGUUCUGGGAAUUUCAGCCACUUCACACCAGAUUCGGCCACCAGCCCCCAGACAGAAUCCUCACCCCCCCAACCUGCAUCCAAGCUCCAGAAGGAUGGGAAGGAAGGAGAGAAAGGGGUGAAGAAAGCCAAGAGCCGUACAGCAUUCUCCAAGGAGCAGCUGAAAACCCUGCACCAGCGGUUCCAGAGCCAGAAAUAUCUCAGCACCCAGGAGAUGCUAGAGCUGGCUACAGCUCUGGGGCUCACAUAUAAGCAGGUGAAGACCUGGUUCCAGAACCGAAGAAUGAAGCUGAAGACAUACGAGAAGCACAACCUGUGGUCAGAGCGGGCUCAGUACCUUAUGCAGACGGGGUUCCAGCCCAGCGAGUACCUGGAAGUGCACCCCAAAUUCCACCAGAACUAUCCCAUCAGUCUAGCAGGAACCAUCCAAGAUGUAGUCAACCCUCACCAGAACUACUCCUCAGGGCAGAACCCCUACGCGUUCAUAGCCAGUGAGGAGGGGGGGGUCUUUGGCAAAGGUGGGGCCACCUGUAGCGUCCAACAGACAGUGGGAUUCAUUGCCCAGCGCAAAGUAGACUUUUAUCAUGGCUUCUCUGGGACCAUGGAAUACACUGGCGCAAAGACAGGAGAUGGCUAUAGCUUCCACGCUUCAGCCACUGUGGCACCUUUCCCUGGCACUGCUGGCCACCAUCUGUACCUUCCUGAAGCAGAAUUAAUGCAAAUGGCCCAAAGCAAUUGUCACUAAAUCCCUUCCUUUCCCUGCAUCUCUCACGCUCUCUCCUGCUUGGGGUAAUUACACAACUCUGUCUCUCCCUUACAUUCAGAUACAUGGGCUCACUCAUACAAUUCAUAUGCAGUCACUUAACAAAACACACACACGUGUGUGUACUCACACACUUACCUUAUAGUGAAACUGAGUUAUCUUUUUAAAAAUAACCCAGCUCAUCCACAAGAUAUGGGCAAGAAUCACUAUGUAAAAUUCACUGGCCUGUGGUAUGUAGGUGAUCAUAUUCAUUGAUCAUACAGUCCCUUCUGGCCUUUCUGUCUAUUACCAUAUUUAGGCUGUUUAUAUUAAGGCUUGCUAUGUUUACUGUUGAAGUCUAGAGAGCCAAGGUGUUUUUAAUUAUGCAAAUAAA